AUGCCGACUCGCCGUGUAAGGCCUAAAAGGAGGCACUGUUCCAAACCCAAGUCCGAUGCUCGAAUUCGACCCUUCAGACUCCUCGAACUUCCCGGCGAGAUCCGCAACCGCGUGUACGGGUUUGUGCUAAGCGCACCCAACGGCCUCACAGUCCGCUGCGAAGCGGAUACAUACCAGGUCAACCAACUCCAAUAUUUCUGUUGGCAAUUGCGCAAAGAGACUGCUGGGCUAGAGAUACAAUACAACCAAGUCCACUUCGUCGACUAUCCCAAGAUGCGAGGAAAUGCGAUGAUUGGCUUCUUCGUCUUUGCAGGCGGCUGGUUUACUGAAGAUGCAUUCAAGGAGGGAAUUCAUAGGGAGUUGGCAGCUGCUACACCGGAGGAUUUCAUGUACCUAGCAAGUGGUGGUGCAGAUGCUUGGAUGGACUUUGCGAGACGGUGGGUCUCGGACGGUGUUUGA